UGUCAUGGAGGUGCGCGUGGUGAAGGCGCCUCCACGGCCUCCACUUUAGUCGAGAUAUAAAACUGGAUUGGUACGCACGCGAUAGCGCAGAGAGACGCCGCGCUUCCUAGAAAAUAUUCGCACAUUUCAUCAGUUUUUUGCAGAAAACAGUUUUCCCUCUGAAGCCUUAAGCUUGUGUGCUUUCGUGAAGUGUGACACUGGUUUUGGGAGAAAGGAAGAUGAAGAUGUCACCGACCGUGUGCACCAGUGACUUGAUUAAACCGGAGAUACGGGAGACCUGUAAAGAGUUGAUAUUGUCUGAAGAUCAAAUGCGAAAGAUUAUGGAGAGACUGACUGAUGACAUCAAUAAAGGCUUGUCAAAGUCUCGUCACGAUGAGGCAGUAGUAAAAUGUUACACGACUUACGUUCAAGACCUGCCCAAUGGCACAGAGAAAGGUAACUUUUUGGCCCUGGAUCUGGGAGGAACGAAUUUUCGAGUACUCUUGAUUACAUUAGACGGACAAAAUUUCGAUAUGAAGAGUAAAAUCUACGCAAUACCACAAAGCCUAAUGCUGGGAACUGGUACUCAGCUGUUUGAUCAUAUCGCCCAGUGUCUGGCACUUUUCGUUAAGGAUCUGAACCUACAAACUGAGGUUUUGCCUCUUGGUUUCACCUUUAGUUUUCCAUUGGUACAAGAAGGUCUCACAGAAGGCAGACUUGUCAGGUGGACAAAGGGGUUCAACUGCAGUGGUGUUGUUGAUGAAGAUGUCGUUUCUCUACUUGAAGCGGCUAUUGCUAGGAGAAACGACGUCAAGAUCGACGUAUGUGCCAUUCUGAACGACACCACGGGUACCUUAAUGUCAUGUGCCUGGAAAAACAAAAAUUGUCGCAUCGGUCUCAUUCUUGGAACAGGUAGCAAUGCUUGCUACGUUGAAAAAACAGAAAAUGCAGAGCGAGCUAUACCAGGAAAGUAUGUAGCAGAAAAACCUCAUAUGCUGAUAAACAUGGAAUGGGGUGCUUUUGGUGAAAGAGAUACUCUCGAUUUUGUCAUCACAGAAUUUGACAAAGAUAUCGACGACAACUCUAUACAUCCGGGAAAACAGAUUUUUGAAAAGAUGAUCUCUGGUAUGUACAUGGGCGAGUUAGUUAGACUAGUACUAGAAAAACUCGUCAACAGUGGCCUCUUAUUCGGUGGAAAAUGCCCCAGUGAACUCAGAAAACGAGGAAAGUUCUUUACCAAAUACGUCUCGGAAAUUGAGAACGACCCCAAAGGAAAGUAUACAAAUUGUCGAGAGGUUUUAGCAGAAAUAGGAAUUAGGAAUGUGACCGAUCAAGACUGUGAGAAUGUGAGAUACGUUUGUUCGGUAGUAUCAAGGAGAGCAGCACAUCUGGCCAGUGCAGGAAUAGCUGCAGUUCUGAACAAAAUGGGAGAAGACAAUGUUACCGUCGGCGUUGAUGGUUCUGUCUACAGAUUUCAUCCUCACUUUCACGAUCUCAUGACUGAGAAGAUUGGCCAAUUACAAAAUCAUAAGUUCGACCUGAUGCUUUCAGAAGAUGGUAGCGGUCGUGGUGCAGCGCUGGUCGCUGCAGUAGCAUCGCAAAAGCGGUGAAGAUAACGUCGGAGCCAUAUUAUCGAAUUUAGAAUACAAUUAUAUGUAUAAUUAAUGACAAAUUGAAACACUGUUGUACAUAUAUAGCACAAAGCGUAGCCGAUGAGGGCUAGUCCUAAAACUAUUAGAUGAUUGUAAAUUAUAUUUCCUAUACACGACCUCGAUAUUUAGAAAAUUCAAUUUGCUGCAUUCGAUUCGGUUAGCGAGCUUUGAUCGAAAGUCGCGUUCGGAAUCUGAAGGGCUCGAUCAAAAUUAACUUUGUGCAUGUUUCGCGUUCUCUAAUAUAUUUUGAUACAAAUCGUCGCUGUAAUUAAAAUACGCAACCUCGCACUGUCGUUCAAAAUAAUUUAUUGUAAAGGAAUUAAGAGUCAACGAAACUUUCACGCGCGAGAUUCUCUGUUACUAAUUUUGGCAAAAUCUACUGCCAACGAGCACUACAAACACGACAAAUUGAUACCCGGAUGCAAGGGUUUUCUGAGCAGUAUAAUUGCUUGAUAUUUUUUUGUAAAUUAUAAAUAUAAUAGCGCGCUAUUAAUCAAUUUUAUUUAUGAAAAACGGUAUAUAGUAAAAACGAAUCGAGGAAAGAAACCAACGUUGAAAAAUAUGUUGUCUACUUGUACAGCUAAAUCAGAUCCCUAUACGAGACGAUUUAUAAAUGAUCUUUUAUCGUCAUUGAAAGUCUUAUCAUUGUCACGAAAAUACUGUGUGUCCAUUCGACAUGAAAAAUUGUUACUUUUAUAGGAGUUACUCGAGUCGAAUAUACCAACAUAGGCCUGAGCAAAAUAGUCGUAAAUGCGAAGCCUGGAAUACGGAAAUUAGAUAGUGGAGUUUCUUUUCUGGGUGUGCGAUUAUUCACCGGAUCGAUGAUUAAGUUUGACUUAAUUUCAAGGCACAAUUCCACUCGAUUGGAGAUUAACGUGUGUACAUAGAGGAAUGAGUGGAUGAUGUUUGAUCGUCGUUUAGUAUCGGCAUGAUAAUGUCAGAAACGACAAGUCGAACUCAUCAGUUUGAAUGAAAAGCCGCGUGAGUGCAGAUGAGAGAAAGGUCACCUUAUGCACUUGGAAGGUCUUUCGUAGACGAUAUAAAAUGGAAAACAAAAACAAAAAAAUUAUCCGAAGGUUUAUUCAAUUUCCUACUCUAUUCCCUCCUCUCAAAACCAACGAACUUUUCAUGCAUUAUCUGAAACUAAGUAUGCGAAAUAUGUAUAAAGGUGUUCCGAUAUUCGAGUAUAUUAAUAUGGAUGAAGCUAUCCAAUAAAAAUAUUCUAAAUUGUAAAGAAGACUAUCAUAAUUUGGAAAAAUUACACCUGGCUUAAAAGAAAUCAAAUGAUGUGCUUGUUCCAAACCAGACUGAAACAAACCCAAGGAAACCUAAGUUUUUAAUGAAUCGGAACAUCUGAUAAGUAAGAAACACAAAGCUUUUCCAACGUGACUGUAAA